ACCAAAAAAAAAGGACUAUUGCGAACCACUACUGUGUUUGUUUAUUUGACCUCGAACAUAUGUGAAAGCGAUAAUAAAGCUCAUUCCCUGUCGUCACUUUGUACAAGGAUCGAGUAUCACGUCUACUACAGGAGGAGAAGGGAGGGACUGGAACACACUAGUGUAGUGAAAAAUGAAUUGAAUCACGUGCUUUACUUCAUCCCUGGAUUGAGCGCGUGGAGUCGUUUGAAUUCACCCUGUGGCGCGAGGGAUCUCAAUUUAGGGGAGAGGAUGAGAUAAAGAAUAUGCGGUUUUAGGAAGAAAAAGCUAACUUGGCUGUCUAAAUGACUGGUUUUUGAUGGUCAUGGUAAUCCUGGAGAACUUUUGGAGAGAUGUAUCAGGGCCACGGGAGCGUAGGUUUCAGUUACGGACUUUAUAGCGACAUGGCAUCCAGACUGGACCUGAACACCAGCACCCACAUGCACCACCAGAAGAAGAUCUCAGAUAUAACCACAUCUUGCCCCACUAGUGACUCUGUCACCUCCAGGCCGGAUGAUGAGUGGCUUCUGGAGUCGUCUCUAGUCUCAGAAGCAGAAUGCGCCUGGGACCCCAUGGCCUCGUUUUUGCCCUCUUCACUACCAAACUGUCCAUGUCUCCUGUCACAGUGUUUUAGUCCAGAGCUGCUCCUUUCUGGGACACGAGACAGAUCUCAGGAUCCAGAAAAAGAACCCAGCAAUCAACGUACAUCCGUCGAGGAGUGUGAGAGGAGGAGAGCCCGCAGGGAAAGGAACAGAAUAGCAGCGGCUAGAUGUCGGGAUCGUCGACGCAUGCUUACGGACACGUUACAAAACGAGACUGAGCAGUUGGAACGUGUGAAGGCUCAGCUGGAGGCAGAGAUUGCUGGGCUGGAGAGGGAGAAAGAAAGGCUGGAGUUAGUUCUGGAGGCCCAUAAGCCUGCCUGUAAGAUGGAUGGCUCUAAUCCUGAAUAACCGUCGAUCCUUCAGAACUGAGUCUGCAGGUUCAGAUCAGUCCUGAAAGCUGACAUUUUUAAGAAAGCUGAAAGGGGAAUUAUGUUACCAUGUUAAACACAAGUAACAUUAUAUUUUGCAUGUUGUUUACAAAUAUAAGAAAUUUUUAUCCUAUUUUUCAGUCUAAAGGUUUUGGAAAGUAAAUAAUUAAAAUUUUAGCCACCAUAUUGAAUAUUAACUUGUAUUAUUAAGUCAGCAUGUCCUGACUUGGAAUAGCCCAUAAAAAGCUAUUUGACCAUUUUUAGUGUUCUUAAUGUCAUCUGUAGACUACAAAGUUACCUGUGUCCAUUUUCUGAUUAAUUAAAAAAUCAUUUAUUCCAGAUAUAAACCUUUACCAUCUAUGGAUGCAUAAUCACAGUAGGGAAUACCUUUUAAAGAUUAUGCAGCAUAACACAGAUAUGGCCAGUAACU